AUCUCUAAAAUCUACUGUAAGAUUCAAUCUUUCUUUUUCAAAUCUAACGUUCUCCUCUCCGAUUCCGAAGAGACGACGAGGGAGUUUGAGCACUGAGUAGCACCAAGAACAACAAGCAAUGUCGCCUUAGUUCACAAUCGCAGAGAAGAAAUGGGAGUUAAAGGAUUAUGGGAUAUUCUAGAUUCUUGCAAGAAAACCCUCCCUCUUCACCAUCUCCAAAACAAGAGAAUCUGCGUAGAUCUAUCAUGUUGGAUGGUUCAACUCAACAAAGUAAACCAAUCACACUGUGCCAUGAAAGAUAAGCUUUAUCUCAAGGGUUUAUUUCAUCGCAUUAGGGCUCUCAUUGCGUUAAAUUGCAGCCUCAUCUUCGUCACAGAUGGAUCAAUUCCAGGCAUCAAAGUAACUACAUAUAGAAGGCGUUUACAUUUGGACAAUGAGGGUCGUGACGAAUCUUAUUUAAACAAAAUUAUUCCACUUCAAAGGAACAUGGGCUCUGAAUUCUCUUGUAUGAUAAAAGAGGCCAAGAUUCUUGCCUCUGCAUUAGGUGUUCCAUGUUUAGAUGGAAUUGAGGAAGGUGAAGCUCAAUGUGCAUUAUUGGACUCAGAGUCAUUAUGUGAUGGAUGUUUCUCUUUAGACUCUGAUAUCUUUCUCUUUGGAGCAAGAACAGUUUACAGAGAUAUAUGCCUUGGGGAAGGUGGAUAUGUUGUUUGUUAUGAAAUGGAUGACAUUGAGAGAAAACUUGGAUUAGGAAGAAACUCAUUGAUUGCUUUAGCUGUCCUCCUUGGUUGUGAUUAUGGUCCGGGUGUCCCUAGGCUUGGUUCAGAAAUGGCAUGUAAGAUUGUGAAAUCUUUUGAUGAAUCUGAAGUUCUUCAAAGAAUUGCAACAGAAGAUUUGUCGGUUUUAAAAAAGGCAAAUUGUUCCAAGAAAAGGAAUCAAACACUUGGGUACAACAACAAAGAGAACAUUCCACCAAAUGCAAGUAGAUGCAACAAUAAUAAAGAGAACAUGAACAUCCCCUCAAAUGGACAUAAAAAUGAUUUACCAAGGAAUUAUAAGUUUCUGCAAGUGAUGGAUGCAUAUCUCACCCCACAAUGCCACUCUGCCGACUCUCAAACUGUCCAAAGGGUUCUUGGUAUGCAUUCAUUUCAAAAGACCAUGCUUCACCAGACAUGUGCUCGAUUUUUCCAAUGGCCUCCAGAGAAAACAGAUGAAUAUAUUCUUCCAAAGAUUGCUGAAAGAGAUCUUAGACGAUUUGCAAACUUACGUCACACUUCUUCUCAUUUGGGAGUUCAGCUUCCUUUAGACAAGAUGCCAGUGAAGUGUCCGGUUUCUGGAAUAAUUAAGCGAAGGAAAGCUCAGGGAAAAGAAUGUUUUGAGGUUUCAUGGAAAGAAGUUGAUGGACUUAGCAGCUCUAUCGUCCCAGCUGAACUCAUGGAACGUGCAUGUCCGGAGAAGAUAAUGGAGUUUGAAGAAAGAAUAGCGGAAAAGAAGAAGCCAAAACCACGAAAUCCACGACCUAAUAAGAAAUCUGUAAACGAAAUUGAUGCCAAGCUCCAACAACUGAUGCUCGAAAUCGAAGGUGCAGCUUCGUCCGAUCAAAACUAUAGGCUACUCGAUGAACCACUUAGCAACACGAGAUCAGAGGGAGGAAAAAGGACUGGAAGUGAUCAAAAUAACGAAAAAACCAGUUUCCGUUACCGAUUACUCGAUGAACCACUUAUCGACACCAGAUCUAACGUCGACGAAGUGAGAAUGAGAGAAAGUAAAAAGGAUGAGAAAACCACAUACCGUUUACUCGAUGAAGCACUGAUCAACACGAGAUCAAACAGCGGGGAAGGGAAAUUGAAAUUGACGGAAAACACUACUACACCGAGUUGUGGCGCGGCGGAGACGGAGGUGGUGAACCUGUCGACGCCUUUGGUUGAUAAGAAAUCGAAGGGGAAAGAUGAAACGGAAACGGAGAUCAUUGAUUUGUUGAGUCCGUUAUCUGUUGUUUGCUCGAGAAAGCAUGGAGGAGGAGGAGGUGUUGAUGUGGUUGAGUUGAGUGAGUCGGAAACGGAGGUAUCGCCGGAGCAUGCGAGGAAGGCGAGAGAGCUUAGAUUAUUUGUCGCUAGCAUAAGGAACGAGUGAUGACCUCUCCUGAAUCUUGAU